CCUUUUCAUUGAACCCCGGAAGCAUUUAACGUACGCACGACUGUGUACCUGUGUACGUGUAAUUUUUUCUCGACGAAAUCUCACCCAGUGAUGGCUACUUAACACCGCAAUUUGAAGUACCUGCCAUCUAAUUUCAAGGGUUAAGUCACCCGUAAAUAGCCAGAUUACAGUGGUCUGCGAGCGAACAGUGGCAUGACAUCGCAAACCAUGGAAAAUGUGAAGAAAUUCGCGGGGCAGGCUGGUACAUUUUUUACACGAGCGAGACAGUACACAGAGGAGAAACUGGGCAGUGCUGAGAAGACUGAACUGGACGCUCAGUUUGAGAACCUGCAGCAGAGAGCUGACCGCACCAAAUUAUGGACGGAGCGUAUCCUAUCACGCACAGAGGCAGUCCUACAGCCAAACCCAAGCCGACGUAUGGAGGAUUUCUUGAACACCAAGCUGGAUCGUAAGGUGCAGGACAGGGAGACCAACUUUGAUGGUUGCGGGGCAACGAUGAUCGAAGCAGGCAACGAGCUGGGGCCAGGCACCCAGUAUGGUGCGGCUCUUGUGCAAUGCGGAAGCACCCAGAAGAAGAUGGGUCAGUUUGAGAAGGAGUUCAUGCAGUCCGCUAUCACCAACUUCAUCAAUCCACUGCACAACUUCUUGGAUGCGGACAUGAAGACUAUCAGCAAAGAGCGCAAAAUCUUAGAGAACAAGCGACUGGAUUUGGAUGCUGCCAAGGGCAAACUGCGCAAGGCCAAGAGCCCAGAGUCAUCCAAACUUCCAAACAGUGAAGACUUGAUUCGUACAGCUGAAGCAGAGCUGCGUGUGGCUCAGUCAGAGUUCGACCGACAGUAUGAGAUCACCAAACUGCUUCUGGAAGGGAUCAGCAGUGCCCACUCCAACCAUCUCAGUCGACUGCAAUACUUCAUCGAGGCCCAGCAGGCCUACUAUGAGCAGUGCUUGAAGGCCAUGACGGAACUCCAGAGUCAGAUGGCCAAUAUCCCUGGGUCGUUGGGAAACAUCCGCCCCUAUAACCCUCCCCAGGCUGCGGGUAAUUCCUCCACAACCCCCUCCGCGCCACCUAUAGGGGGCGACAUACUGCAAGACAGCCCCACAGACCCGCAAAGUGGCAGGCGAAAGGCCCGGGUGCUGUACGACUACGAUGCGUCAGACCCGACAGAACUGUCCUGUCUCGCAGAUGAGGUGAUGACAGUGUACAGCCUGCCUGGCAUGGACAAAGAUUGGAUGAUGGCAGAGAGGGGGAGCCAGCAGGGCAGGGUACCGCUCACUUAUCUUGAAAUGAUAUCCUGAACGAGACCAGUCAUUAAAAAAAAAAGAAGAUAAUCAAUUAUAGUAAAUGUUCUGUUUUUUUCUGUUUUUACAUUUUAUUCUCCUAACACUUAUAUAACUUAGGCUGUUAAGCUGUUUGGUCUUUGCGACCUUUUUUUUAUGAUGCUUUCUAAUGGAAAUAAAGACUUUUAUGAGUGCAAUGGUAAGAAUAAUUUCAUGAGGUGACAGAUGGGAGGUUAACCUUCUACAAGGCGAAUGGAACAUUCCAUCUGUCACUGAAUGAAAUUCUUCUUUCCACUGCACGAAUGUGAAGCAUUCGUUAUUUGUUUUAUGCAAUGCCUGAAUGAAUCCUCGUCUUCUAAUUGGUAAAAAAUGUGACUGUGGCAAAGGAAUUCAGUUUGAAAUUCGGUGCAACCAGGCCGCGAAUUGUUUUUUUUCCAAAAGACAUCCAUCCUCUGUUUGGUCUAUUACAUGCAUAUCUAAUGCCGUGUUCUCCACAACACAAACCCAAGAUAGGCUUAACGUCUUGUGAGAAAUGUUCCUUCCUCACUUUAGUUAUGUAAAAGGUAAAAUGAGAAGAAGUGAAAAAUGCUCAUUGGGAUUCGAACUCACCUCACCUGAUUAGAAGUCGGGACUACUUCAACCAGUCCACGAAUGAGCUGCCAAUCGUCGGUGAUUUAAACACCUUUAUUCCUUGUUAUAUAACUUAUUCUCUAAAGCCCUGGACAUCAUGAAUAUGCAUAACGCAGAGAGAGAAUGCAUCCUCUUUUGAUAUUGUCGGAUGUCAUUUGGGAAAAACAAUUUGCAACCAGGCCAUGGGUAGGGACGAAUAAUUUAAUGAUGGUGAUUAACAACCCACUAAUUAGAUGACGGGUGUUUAUUCAGGCAUUGUGUAAUGGAUGAUAUGACAUAUCAAUAACCCAGAUAUAAACAAAAAUAUAUUGUUUAACAGAGCUGGACAUUGUUUUAAUACAUCAUCAUUCAGAACAACCUCAAUUUAAAAACAGACAGUCGCAUAAAAGUUGCAAAAAAAAAGGAGAUAAGUAUUUCACUUGGACAAUGGAAAAUAAGGAUUUCUUUUUGCAUGUGUAUUUUUCUUGACUUCACCCUGUAAAUACGACUUCUGCCUAGUUAUUUUGCACUUUAUGCAAGUAUUUUAGUCAAAUCAUAAAGGCAUUUGAGAUAAAUUAUACUCAAAAAUUUCAACACCUUAUUUUGAUGUUUGUUUGGGGACUUGAACGAUCAGAACUUCUGAAAGAUGCCUGAGAAAUAUAAACAGGGAGUUGGAAUUAAAAAGAUGGCUGGUGUACAUGAACCAGUAUUCCAUCUGGCAUGAUGUUAUGUUAACAAGUUUUAAGGGGAAAUAUUUUUCAAAAUUAAAAAUAAAAGAACAGAAGUAAUGAAAUUCCAGAAUAAAUUGGUUGUGACGGCCAAUGAAUAGAUUUACAAAAGUUAAUUAUGGAAUCAAGCUCGUGGUAGUUUUACUUCAUAAUAUUGCUGGAGAUAAUAUUGGUCUUCCAUUUUAAACACGAUUUUGAGUAUGGGCCCAAUUUAGUGUAGCAUUGCAUUGGAACAAAUGUAUCGUGCAUGUAAUACUGUCCAUGUUGUGUAAGUGUUAAGUUAGUGUCGUGUAAAUGCAAGAAAUAGUGCUCCAACAUCUUUUGUUCCAAAGUUUGUUUCAACUUUAACUUCAUUCAACUUGCCACUGUAAACACCUUUUAUGUUCCUCAAUUGUUUCCCCUUUGUUCGAGUAUUCCUUCAACUCCUGUGUAUUUUACAUUGUUAUUAUUCGAAGUUAUUAUCAACAAAAAUGUAAAAUGAUGUAAUCAUGGUUUCUUUGAAUUAGAAUCCAUAUUUAUUCAUUUUUUUUUUAUAGCUAGCUCGUUAAAUUUGAUUCCGAAAAAGCUUUUGGAGACGCGAGAUUGAUUAACGUUGUAGUUCUGUGUGGGUAAAGUGUACUGGUCGGAAGGUGUUAUGAGGUAGUGUACAUUUUGAAUAUUUAUGAACUAAACGUGACGCACUAUAUUUUAGAGUUCACCAGACCACCAAAACACUAAAAAUAAAUUGGCUCGUAUAAAGGGACGUUGUUGAUAACCUGGGGCCAGUCUUUUAGAUCAGAGUACAUUUCAAAAAUCUGAAAAAUAGGCCGUAUAUGUGCUUAGCACCAAAAAGUGCACUUACAGAAGAGAUUUUCUGGCAAAUGAUGCCAUAAGGAUAGCCCUUGAACUAUGAACACAAUGCCCCGAAUUUCCCUCAUUUACCUUGUAGAAAUGUUUUUUGUUUCAUGACAUUUACCAAACAAGUGCAAUUGUAUUAUUCCAAACUGGACAUCGUUCAUACCGACGUAUAAGACGCUGUUGUAGAUAGGGCAGAUACAUUUGUGUAGAUGAUCAUAAGAAUAAAGGCACAGCAUUCCAAAGUGCAUUGAAGCAGA